AGGUGACUGUGGGAGAAGGAAUCAGAGAACAGAGUAACUUUACACUCCCGCAAAAAGAAAGAGGACACUUGCAUGGAAGGGUAUCAUAUGUCACCUGGUUUUUUUUCAUCUGAAACAUCGCACGAGAAUUCAGAGUGACAGGUAGCUGGUGAGCUAAGCAGAGGGAUGUAUCUGAGAGGCUGGGCACGCUGGUGUACAGAAAUGAACUGAAAAUUAAAAUAGAAGAAAGGACUUUACAACCUAUCAACUACAUUUGAAGAAACGUGUCCACUGAAACAGGACGGAAGGAAAGAAAACACACAAAAGGACCACUGUUCCACAUAAAACUCCUUUUGUUGCGCCAGCAAGCUCUGCUAUUAAUUACAAAGCACUGGCAGUUUAUUAAAAUCUCUGAGCCCAUAAUCCAUGGCAUGAACAAUUAGAACAGACUGCAGCAUCUGAGACAACUACAAAUAAGAAACUGGACGUGUACAAAAGCCAAUCUGAAGUACGAAGUCAUCAAAACAUGAAAAUUAUUUUCUGAGGUACCUCCCGAUAUUUGCAAUUAAAGGAUUUACCAAAACAUCGUGUAGGUGAGCAAAUAGGUUAGGGAACUGGAGCAUUGAAGCUGACGUCAUUGACUGUUCCUCUCGGAUUUGGGUGUUUCAGAUAUUUGGUCCACUUCAUAUCCGUCCGGAGCAGAUCCAAAACAAAACUGCCUCUGUUGCUUCCAGUUCAAAGUUAUUGCAAAAAGAAACAUUUUACAGCAAAAAGGAAAUUAACCUGAAAGAACAGAAAUGCCCACAAACGGGACCCACCAAGCUUUAAGGAUCCAGUUUGGCUUAAUCAAUUGUAGCAAUAAGUACCUAACAGCAGAGGCUUUUGGUUUCAAAGUCAAUGCAUCUGGCAUCAGUCUGAAAAAGAAGCAAAUCUGGAUGCUGGAACAGGAUGAAGGGAACAACUCAGUGGUAUUUUUCAAGAGCCACCUUGGCCGUUACCUGUUGGCUAAUAAGGAUGGCAAUGUGUCGUGUGAAGCAGAGAAACCUGACAAUGACUGCAGAUUCACGGUUAUUGCACAUGCAGAUGGCAGAUGGACUCUACAGUCUGAACCCCACAAGCGCUACUUUGGUGGGUCUGAAGACCAUCUCUCAUGCUUCGCACAGACCAUUACCGAGUCCGAGCUUUGGUCCAUCCACCUGGCCAGCCACCCUCAAGCCAACCUUCUAAGUGUCAGUCGCAAAAGGUACGCCCAUCUGUCAGCCCAGGAAGGUGAGCUGUCAGCUGACAGCGACAUUCCUUGGGGUGUGGAUGCUCUCAUCACCUUGAUCUAUCAAGAGAAGAAGUACAGCAUCCAGACUUGUGACAAUAGGUUUCUCAGAAAUGAUGGAAAGCUGAUUAAGAAGCGUGAUCAUGGCACUGGCUACACUCUGGAACUUAAAGCUGGGAAGAUCGCUUUCAAGGAUCACGAAGGAAAAUAUUUGAGUGCAAUAGGGCCAACUGGUACUCUAAGAUCUGGAAGAAAUUCCAAGCCUGGCAAAGAUGACCUCUUUGAUUUGGAGCAGAGUCAUCCUCAAGUGGUUUUACAAGCUUCAAAUGGCCGCCUGGUGUCCAUCAGACAAGGUAUCAAUAUCUCAGCCAAUCAGGACGAAGAAACAGAUCAGGAAACUUUUCAAAUGGAAAUAAACAAAGAAACUAAAAAAUGCAUCUUACGUGCACAUACAGGGCACUUCUGGACAUUGGUAAAUCAUGGAGGGAUCCAGUGCACUGCUUCUGAAAUAGAUGCCAAUUGUAUGUUUGAAAUUGAAUGGCGCGGACGAAGAAUAGCAAUCAAGGCUAACAAUGGCAAAUAUAUUCGUACAAAGAAAAACGGGCAUCUUGCAUCAGUGAGUGAUUCAGUUGGGGAAGAUGAAGAGUUUACGUUGAAGCUUAUUAAUAGGCCUAUCCUAGUACUACGAGGAGACCAUGGAUUUGUCUGUCACCACAAAAGCUCCAGCACACUUGAUGCCAAUCGUUCAGUAUAUGAUGUCUUUCAACUCAUGUUUGAGAAUGGAGCUUAUCAUAUUAAAGGCUCUGAUGGUAAGUUCUGGUACAUAUCCAGUACUGGGACAAUCUGCACCGAUAGUGUCAUUCCUGAAGACUUUUACUUAGAAUUCCGAGAUCAAGGUCGACUGGCUAUCAAAGGAAAGAACAAAAAGUAUCUGCAAGGAAAUCAAGCCGGCACACUUCGGGCGGAUGCAGACGAAGUGGACAGUUUGACACUAUGGGAAUAUUAAAGGAUGGAAGCAGUAGAACAUAGGAACUCCAGCUGUAUUCCUUGUCAUCGACCCAAAAGACACAUAGAGCAAAAUUGGAGGACUGUCUGCCGAGACUAAUAUUCAAAUGUUGAUUCAUUUCCUUUGAUAAAAGAAAGCAUUUCAAUCUGUAAUAUGGGGCAACUUAAAACUUCAUGAUAUAAAUGUUUAGCAUUUUGAUGAGAUAUUGAUUUCUGUUAUGCUUGGCACCACUAUCUCAUUCAAGGAUCUUUAUUUCUGGUGGGCUUUAUUUUUUGAUAUUUAAUAAGGGAUAAGAGUCUUUCAAACUCACACUAGUUCAUGUUAACUGAUUGCUUUGUAGUUAUCAGCAGGAUUUGAAACACAGUGAUUUGACCCUUGAAUAGGUAUUGCAUCAGCAUAGCCUAGAAAUGGGAAAUAAAUAAAAACCAAAAGAACUGCGGAUGCUGUACAUCAGGAACAAAAACAAAGUUGCUGGAAAAGCUGAAAGGGUCUGGCAGCAUCUGUGGAGGAGAAAACAGAGUUAACAUUUCGGGUCCGGUGAGCCUUCCUCAGAACUCUGUUCUAAGGAAGGGUCACCAGACCCGAAACAUUAACAGUGGAAAAUAAAUGAUGGUUCUUACUCAUUGCGUGAAAUCCAAUAUGAUUCAAGUUCACAGCAACAGACAGAGAAGAUUGUUUUACUUAAUAAUAAUGGCAAAUAGAUUAAAUCUAUGACAAAUAGAAUCCAAAUUGGCUCAAAAGUGUAUUUCUUUUUAUAUAAAAAUGCUUUAAAAGAACGCAGUUUGCUUUGGACGCAGUAUAGGCUUGCAAUACAGACUCAGCCAGCAUUCCCAGUACCAAUUCUGACAUUUAUUUCAUUACCUGUGUGGGAAGGUACUUAAGUAUCUCCCACAUUCCCAUUCUGCAAAUGGCCAGUUUUAUUCAGCUCCUGGAGGAUUGCUGGUGUCAGUAGAACUGUAUCAUAUUAAGGGUCUCCACUUCCAGAAAAGCAGGAAAGAAGUGGGAGAAAACUGGCAGGAAAUGAAAAACAUAACUGCAGCUCUUGGGGUUAAUCAAAACAAUUAAAAAUAUGUUAAAUGUCUGGGAUCUGCCACACACUUCUUGAAUAUCUCAAGUUUAUUUUCUACCACGCCAGCAUGGUUGUACUUUGUUGAUAAAAUUCCUAUACACUAAGAGCAAAGCCACAGGCAAUUUCUCAGUGAUAUGUCAAUUCAGGUCAAUCUUUGAUUACGUUAAACAGAUUUAGCUUACCUCUUCACUUAGUCAUUUCUGUGUGCAAUGUUUUUGUAUAUUUUCAUCUGUAAUUGUAUAUCUGGAUUAUUUAUAUAGUUAAACUAGUUUGAUUUGUUUUAUGAUACAAAAAACUUUGUAAAAUGGAUCUGUAUUGUUUGGAUAAAUUAUUUUUCCUGGUAAAUGUCACUAUAAGUUAGGGCACACCACUGAAGAAAUCUAAACAGUAUCCUCUUUAAUAGUUAAUAGAUACGGCCUAUGCCAGUCAUCCAGUGGCAUGCUCCAUUAUCACUUUGGGGUGCCACUGAUUCAAUUUUUAAAAUAACUUGGGUGACAAAAAUCAGAUUAUGAAAACAAAUACAUUUAUAACUAUAUUUAUAAUAAGAUAGCAGAUGUGACUGAAAGUUUUAAUAAAGGGUUCACUGAACCAUUACAAUA